GCCCUUUCGGCUGGCUUCCGGUCCCGACCGGAAGUUUCCUUCGUGACUGACAAAGCGGCCGGGAGGCGAGGUUGCCGGGCAACGCUGGAGCUGGAGGCCGAAGCGAUGGGCCGCUCUUCCGCGGUCCGCGGCACCGGAAGCAGCAGCGCCAACAGCAAGCGUUCUGCGGCUGCGCGGGGCUACCGAGCGGAUCGCUUCGUUGAGCUGCUGGCGCCCCCUGGCGGGAGAGGCCCGCGGCGCGCCCCUGCCAUCCACCGAGGCUAUCAUGUCCGCGCCUGCGCAGUCGAGCACUGCCUCCGGGGAUUCCUGCGCCGCAGCGAGCGCCUCCCGCUCAGGCAGGUGCUCUCCCUGGGGGCAGGCAUGGACUCGCUCUUCUUCUGGGCCAAGGACGAGGGGCUCCUGGGCCGGACCCUGUUCUUCGAGGUGGACUUCCCGGAGGUCAUGGCCCACAAAGCGGCCCUGGUGUCCCAGACGGAGGGCCUGGCUGCCGUGGCUGGACGCAGCGCUUCUGCGCAGCACUCGGGGGCCAUUAAGUUUUGGGGAGAGGACUACCGGCUUCUGGGGGCCGACCUUGCGGAGCUGCCGCGGCUGGAGGAGGCGUUGCUGGAGGGCGGCCUGGACCCCGGAGCCCCGACGCUGAUCCUGGCGGAGGUUGUGCUCACCUACAUGGAGACAGAGAGGUCCGACGCCUUGAUCCGCUGGGCGGGCGGCUUCUUCCCUCGGGCCUGGUUCGUCCUGUACGAGCAGAUCCACCCCGGGGACCCUUUCGGCCACGUCAUGCAGCAGCACUUCCGCCGGCUGCGGUCCCCGCUCCGCUCCCUUGACCGCUACACGGACUGCGAGGCCCAGCGGCUGCGCUUCCUCCAGAGGGGCUGGAUGGAGUGCAGCGCCAUCGACAUGAACGAGUUCUAUCAUCGCUUUGUCCCUGGAGAGGAGCAGGAGAGGAUCCACGCCCUGGAGCCCUUUGAUGAAUUUGAGGAGUGGCACCUGAAAUGCUCCCAUUACUUCAUCCUUGUGGCCUCCAAGGGAGAGUCCCUCGCUCCGGCUUCUGUUUUGUCUGGCCGGGAAGCCCUUCCUCCUUCCCGGGAGCCUGCCUUUGCUGGGACGGUCUCUGCCUCGGUCAUCGCAACGGAAGCAGGAGCCUCCAGCUUGAGGCGCUUUGGCCAUCGCUCGGUGCUCCUCGCUCCGCAGACGGUCCUGACCGCGGGGGGCUUUGGGGACCAGGAGGGGCGCCACUGUCGCCUGACGCAGUUGCACCUGCUGAGGAGGAGGAGGAGGAGGAGGAGGAGCGACUCCCCGGAGGAGAAGGACUGGGGUGGCCGGACUCUGUGCCUGGCGGACUCCGGAGAGGCCUGGGACGGGCGGCUGUUCCACUCGCUGACGCUCCUGAAGGAUGGCUGGGCCCUCGUUCUCGGGGGGCGGAAGUCCCCAGCGUCCCCCGCCCUGGACGCCUGUCGCCUGGGCAUUUCGGGAAGCCCUGACGAGGGGCCCGUCGCCGCCGAGCUCUCCCGGCUGCCGCCCAUCGAGGGCUUGGCCUCACCAAUGCGCUGGAGGCAUUCGGCCACUGAGGUCGAGCAUCAAGGAGAGGCCUACCUCUUUGUCUACGGCGGGUGCAGCUCCGGGCAGCGCGUUCGGGACGAUGGGUGCUUCCUCCACCUGGAACAGAUGCAGUGCCUUGAGGUUCCUGUGGAGGGUCCUGUCCCGCCCGGCCGUCACUCGCACGGCGCCUGUGCUUGGGAGGGAGGGGUGCUCAUGGCCGGAGGACUGGGGGCCGCCGAACAGCCGCUGGGCUCCGUCCUGUUCCUGAGACCCAUCGAGGGGGGAUUCCGGUGGCAGACGCUGGAGACCUUUCCUCCGCUCAUUCCCAGGUACUCCCAUACGGCCCAUGUGCACCGGGGAAAACUGCUGCUGGUGGGGGGCGUCUGGCUCCACGCCCCUUCCGUGCCUGGUGUUGCGGUGGUGGACCUGGCCACAGGGCAGGCGGCGGAGUACAGCAUUGACACGGCGCCUCUCGAGUGGCCCCUGAUGCUCCACGGACACAGCAGUGUCUUCUUGCCCGAGGAGGAGGCCGCGCUGGUCCUGGGCGGAGGCAGCAACUGCUUCUCUUUCGGCAGCCAUCUCAACCGGCAUCCAGUCCGCCUGUCCCUGGGCUUCCUCUGGGGCGCGUGAUGAGAAUGUGUCCUCCUUGGGUGCCUUCCGUGAGCCCUGGCUUCUGGAAGCAUCUCUGAAGCCCUUGGCGAGAGAUGGGCUGGGUUCGCGAAGGCGGUCUGCUGGGUCCCUUGAGUGAGCCCUCACCCAGAAAUGUCCGGCAGCACCAAUGCGCAUGUGUUGCUUGCUAUCCCUGGACAGAACUUGUUUGGCCUUGCUCAGGCCUCGGUCACCCUGGGUGUCAUGAAUAUUUUGUAAACAAAGGUUCUUUUUAUUGCAGUUUCAGUGUGAGAGGGUAUAUCAGAACUUGUACACUUUUACAUUAAAAAAGGCAAAGAA